AUGACCAGUAUUUUUGAUACGAUAGAGACAUUCACAAUUUGGACCGAUUAUGAUAAUUAUAGCGUCAACGACUCCGUGACCGACGGAGCAUCAGUAGAAAUCGGUGGCGAAGCGGGGUCUCGACCCUCUAGCCUUGCCAGUCUUGUCUGUAGUGGUGUCUUUACUGCUCUGAUCAUCAUCACCAAUACCAUCAGCCUUCUGGCCUUCGCUGUCGAAAAGCGACUCCGCACCUAUAACAACUACUUCAUCAUCAACCUCAGCAUACUUGAUCUUCUUGUCGGAGUGUCAUUGUCCGCACAGGUAGCGCAUGCUUAUCAUGGUCAUUACCCAUUUCCCCAAGAUAUCUGUAAGAUCUUAACCGGUAUCGCGGGCGGGAUUGUCAACGGAUCCAACAUCAGCGUGGUCGUCAUCUGCGCUGACCGACACCGAGCCGUCUACGACCCCAUCAACCAUUUCAUAUCUCGAACCAGACGUAAGGCCAUUCUUAUCAACUGCCUACCUUGGGUUAUAGGACUCUCAUUCUGGUUGGGUUACACCACCGUCUGGGAGUUCGUGGUCGACCACGAUAACGGCACGCAGUGCAUGCCGCUCUUCUCCGAGAGUCCGAUCACGUACAUGAUCCAGAACGUCUGUAAGUUUCAUCUACCCUUCGUCAUCAUCGUUGUUCUCUACACCCGCAUCAUUCUUCAGAUACGAAAGACGGCCGGUGGAAGGAGCGUGAAUAAGAAGUUCGAUUCGAAGGCAUCGUCGUCGUCGUCGUUGGAGAAGACGAAAUCAAGCAUUGUCAAAGAUGUGACGUCAUCAAACGUUGAUCAGCAUGAUGGGGGCGUGGACGAACCCGAGAAUGAAGUGAAGAAUGAUGUCACCGUUUCUCAUCCAGACAACAGAUUCACUUCAUCUAAUCAGGUAAUUCCAUUCUAG